CCGAGUAUAGAUAUGUUGGAGGGUUGGCUACAGGAAUAGCUUUUCAUAACACAUACGCCACAUAACUGUCCUCAAACACCACACACCGACGACUCGAGCUCGAUGGAAGAUUUCGCGCUCCCCCAUCCAUAACUCAAGUCGACUUAUUUGAUUGACGGCUCCAUAUUUUUUGUAAGAUUUUUUUUUCUUCUUCUGUGGCUUCAGUAAGGACAAAAAACGGGGCAAUACAGAGCAAGGAAAAGAGGGAGAGAAAAUAACAAACACCGCUGGAAAGAAAGUACGAGCGCAAGAGCACUGGGAGCCACCCAGGGAAAAAUACAUAUAUUUCAAAGACAAAGGACUGUCGACUUUUGCUUAUUUUUGUAUUUUAGGGAAAUUGGGCACGUCGUCAUCAUAAUAAUUUAAGUGCAAGGACAGAGUAUCCGAUCACCAUGACGACUGAAAUGCAGGAGAUCGCCAUCACAGAGGAGAAGCCUUUACUGCCGGGUCAAUCCGACGCUGUCAAGGACGUGGAGAUCGCGGCCCGAAUGCUGCUGGAUCAAGACCAGGAGCACAGUGUGGAGACGCCUCACGGAGUGCUUCAUGUGACGGUUCACGGCGCCGGGAACGCUCGCAGACCCGCCAUACUGACCAUACAUGAUGCGGGAAUGGACAGUAAGAGCUGCUUCUCCACCCUGUUUAAGUUUGAGGAGAUGCAGGAGAUCGUGAAGAACUUCACUGUGGUUCAUGUCGAUGCUCCUGGACAAGAGGAAGGCGCAGCCAUUUAUCCUGCUGGAUACCAGUACCCAACCAUGGAUCAGAUCUCUGAGAUGCUUCCCGCCGUCCUGCAGUUCUUCAAUUUCCGCACAAUCAUCGGUGUUGGAGUCGGAGCCGGCGCUUACAUUCUGUCCAGAUUCACCUUGUGUAAUCCUGAGGCGGUGGAAGGGCUGGUGCUGGUAAACGUGGACACAAACGCACGAGGCUGGAUGGACUGGGCCGCACACAAGCUCUCCAACCUGACGUCUUCCCUCACAGAACAAAUCAUGACCCACCUCUUCAGUCAGGAAGAGCUAUCAGCAAACACAGACCUGAUUCAGUCUCACAGAGAGAGAAUGGCUAAAGCGCCGAACGCCAUCAACAUCGAGCUCUUCUGGAAGAGUUAUCUGGGUCGCAGAGAUCUGAGCAUCGAGAGGAACAACACUUUCAAAUGUCCUGUGAUGCUGGUGGUCGGUGAUCAGGCUCCGUAUGAAGAUGCUGCUGUGGAGUGCAACAGCAAACUAGACCCAACGACCACCUCAUUCCUCAAGAUGGCUGACGCCGGAGGGAUGCCACAACUGACUCAGCCCAGCAAACUGACAGAAGCCUUCAAGUACUUCAUUCAAGGCAUGGGAUACAUGGCGUCGUCCUGCAUGACGCGUCUCUCUCGCUCGCGCACCACCUCUCUCUCCUCCUCCUACUCCAUGGAGGGCUCUCGCUCCCGAUCCCGCACGCUGUCCCAGGGCUCCCAGGGGGGACAGCUCCCGCCCAGCCCGUCCCAGACCAUGGAGGUGUCGUGCUGAGGGGCGCCGGAGCCGGAGAUAAGGCACGCGAGUCCUGUGGGUGGGCGACGGACGACGACUCUCUCGCUCCCGUCAGGCGUGGGCCUUUAGUGAGCCCAAAUGUAGUGUUAACCAAUAGUAAUACUUCUAAUACGACAUUAAUAUUAAUAACGACAAGCGUCACUUAAAAAAAAAUAACGAUGUUUCUCUUAAAUACAUGUUGAAUUUCUAAACAAAAGAAUAGAGAAAAGACUAUAUAAGCUCAUGAUGUGUGUCUAUCGACUUUUUUGUGUGUGCUUUUUUCUUUCGGUUUUGUAUUUUGUAUUAUUUUCUCUCUCUUACGCAAUCCUGCUGCUGUGGGAGAGGAACAGUGUUUCCGGAGACAGUUUUAGGCCGAACGAAGACUCGUCUCUGUAGUCGACAGCCAGCUCAUGUCUUCCAUUUGAUCCUUUGCGGAAAAAAAAUCUAUAUACGUA